AUGGCGAGGGUGGGUGCGGCGAUGGCGGCCGAGGUGAAGGACGGUGGGGUCGAUGCCGAGAUUGGCGAGAGCCGUGGCGUCGAUGGCGGCGUGGGCGGUGACAACGGGGGGGCUACGCAACGAGACCAACAGUCACGAAGGAAUAUUGGAUGCGAAGCGUGUUCGAGCUGGGAUUGCGAGGUGGAUGCAGUGGCAGAGGCGGAUGCCUCCCUGAGCAAAGGCGAGGCGAGGCGAGGCGAGGCGAACCCAGUGAAGGGCCUGGGUGAGGGCUCAGCCUCAGCCUCGCCAGUUUGGGGAUUCGAGGGCCUCUGCCCUGGCGCCGCCUCGAGCUCGAAUCACGACACGCUGUUCCCUCCCUUUUCCCACCCUCUGCCACCACUCGCGCGCGCUGCUCAGGAUCGAGCUCAGCCGACACUGGCCUGGUGCUGCUUCGUCGGCGCCGACCGUCCAAGACGCGCCGUCGCCGAUAGCCAGCCGGCCAGCCGUCCUGGAUUUUCGAUCGGAAAAUCCCAUUUCGAUCGGGUGCGGUGCAAUUUCUCGUGCGAAAACACUCGCCCUCGAUCAGCUACCCGAGGCGGCAAAAAGGUGGAGUGUUGGAAGAAAGUGCUCUCCGAAAAUUUUGGGUCAGUCUCGAGGCAACCAACCGCCAUACGAGCUCAAUCAUCCUCCCUCUUCACCUCAACACCCUUCCCCUUCUCUAUCCGUCGCUGGUUCGCACUGCUUGGCAACAUGUCGAACCCCAACCUCGCCGAGGUGAUGGGAGAUGGUCCUGCCUCCAUCGCCGACAAGCUCACCCUGCUUCCUGGCUACGAGCCCGACUUCUCCGCCGUUACCUUUUGCCUCAAGGAGGAGGACCACACGCUCGGCAACUCGCUCCGAUACAUGAUCAUGAAAGACCCCCGAGUCGAGUUCUGCGGUUACAGCAACCCGCAUCCUUCGGAAAACAAGAUCCACCUCCGCGUCCAGAUGUAUGGCGUGCAUCUCGAAGCGGUGGCAGCGUCAUCGUCGUCGUCGAACGGAGCCACAAUGAUGCAGUUCGCUGACUCUUUUUCCACGCUUGCUUUCUUGAUCAUGCGAUUUGUAGACCGCGCUUCGGCUCUGGAUGCGCUGCGUGACGCGAUCGAGAACCUGGACCAGCUGUUCGCUGCCAUCGGCGAGGCGUACGAGAAGAACCUCAGCGCGGGCAACUACGAGAAGCACGUGGAGCCCAAGAUCGACCACGACGCGCUCGCGAUCCUCGCGGAAGAAGGCAAGAAGCGUCGUGCCGAGGAGCAGGCCAAGCUGGCCGAGUCGCGCGCGCAAGCGGCUGCCGCAGCUGCCGGUCGCCCCAUGUAA